CGAAACGCCGCAGGCGAACGACAAAAGCAAAUCCGACCAGAAGUCUCCGCCUCGUCGUCGCGAAGCUGGAGCGACCUCCAUCUCGAUAUUUAAUCGAAUCGAAUCCGAUCGGAGCCUAUACAAUUCAACCCGUUCACAGUUCAUAGGCUGUCGCCUCUCGAUUACUCCUUUGAGUCCAGCUGAAUCACCGCUACCCAUCGCCAGCAUGGGCUACGAAGACGAUCCGUACCGGGACGAGGAAGGAGAGCCAUUGAUGGACUUCGACAACAUGCCGUCGGAUCGGGAACAAUCGCCUGAGCCGCAACAACGACCCGAUCACUUCCUCGACGAUGACCUCGAUGACGACAUUGAAGGAGACAAUUGGAAAACCGGCCGUGACCGGUCGCAGACUCCGGUGUACGAACCGGAUCUGUCCGAGUCGAAAUCGAGGCCUAGGAAGAGGUUGGUUAAGAAAGGUGCUGGAGCUGGUAAGGUCAGCGACGUGGGCCUGGAUGAUCUCGCAGAUGAUGACGAGGGUUUUCGUGGUGGAGGAGCUGGGGAUUUUGGGAGGGAAAGCUCGGAGGAAGAGAGGAGAUUGAAGAGGAAGAUUGCGAAGGAAGGUGGCAGUGGGAAGAAGGAGAAGAGGCAUAAGGGGGAGAAGAAGCACGGGACGAAGUCGGGGAUUUCGAAGAAGGGGAUGGGUUAUUCCGGAAGUGGUUCUAGGGAUCAUGAUGGGGAUGUUAAGGAGAUGUGGGACACCAUCGCGGGUGGCGAUUCUGAGGAUGAUCGAGAUGGUGUUAGGACUCUGGAUGAUGAUAAUUUCAUAGAUGAUAGUGGUGUCGAUCCUGGGGUAAGGUAUUACAGUGAUAAUGAGCCACGUUCUCCUGGUGAUGCUCCUCAGGCAGAGGAGGGUGACGUGGAUGAUGAAAUCAAGGAACUUUUCAAAAUGGGUAAGAAAAAGAAGAAGAACGAGAAGAGUCCCGCAGAAAUUGCUCUGCUGGUUGAGAAUAUCAUGGCUGAGCUUGAGGUCACAGCUGAGGAAGAUGCAGAACUUAACCGGCUGGGAAAACCUGCUAUCAAUAAGCUCAGGAAGUUGCCUCUUCUGACUGACGUUCUAUCUAAGAAGCAGCUUCAGCAAGAGUUCUUAGAUCAUGGAGUCUUAACACUUUUAAAGAACUGGCUUGAACCUCUUCCUGAUGGAAGCUUACCCAAUAUAAACAUCCGCGCUGCAAUUUUGAGGAUAUUGACUGAUUUCCCUAUUGACUUAGAGCAGUAUGAUAGGAGGGAGCAAUUGAAGAAAAGUGGCCUUGGAAAGGUUAUAAUGUUUUUGUCAAAAUCUGAUGAAGAAACAACAUCCAACAGAAAGCUUGCUAAAGAUUUGGUUGAUAAAUGGAGUCGACCAAUAUUCAACAAGAGCACGAGAUUUGAGGACAUGAGAAACGUGGAAGAUGAUAGGAUUCCCUAUCGAAGGCCAUCGGUGAAGAAGCCUGCCAGUAAAGAUACGGGGAUGGAGUCCAGAGAUGGUGAUCUUGAUGUUGAUGUGUUCUCACGAGAGCGCAAAUCUGGUCAGUCAUCCUCUAGGCUGCAUGCGUCUAGGCCUGAAGCUACACCUUUGGAUUUCGUGGUGCGCCCUCAAUCUAAGAUUGAUCCAGAUGAAAUUAGAGCCCGUGCUAAGCAAGCCAUGCAAGAUCAGCGCCGACUAAAGAUGAACAAGAAGCUGCAGCAGUUAAAAGCCCCGAAAAAGAAGCGGCUUCAGGCUACGAAGCUUAGUGUGGAAGGCCGUGGUAUGACGAAAUAUCUGUGAUACGUGACCACACGACCACUCUCUGAACGAUCCAGAGGAAAUUUCCGCUAUUCGUCGGGAUGGAUGGGCCAAGAAGGGCAUAUAUUCAGAUGCGCACCACUGGAUGUCAGACUCUCAUAGUUGGGAUUGGGGUCUUUCCCAUGCUUGUGUAGCUAUCAUCAAGCUGAAAGAUCCAUUCCAAAUUGUGUUCGAAAGUAUUGUUUAAGUGACCAUCCCACAGAUUCCUUUGUUGGGAAUGGUGCUUCGCAUUCUUAUGAGCGUUUGAGGACCUCAAAUUUCUCUAGUAAUUUAAGAUGAAUUCUUUCAA